CAUUAAAACAUAUUUAAAAUAAUAUGAAAUAUAGUAAGAUAUAGCAGUAUGGUAUGUGUAUUUUAUGUUUGUUACCAGACUUGUAGCCUCUCUGGGUCGAAGUGACACAUCUUGCAUACUGGCAAACCCAUACUGGCAGAUAAAUAAUGAAGCGAUUUGUCGCUCUAUUGUGUCUUUGGCCUUUUUGCAGGUAUAGUGUAACGUUGCUCCUGAGAAGAAUAGGCGAGGGUCUCCCUGGAGUAAAGCAGUAACUGCACACCCUUGUUCAUCCAUGGGAGAAGAGGAAACUGUUCUGUGUUGGGUGGAGGAAGAGGGGGAGGAGGAGGAGGGGGAGAGGGGUGCAUGGUUUCAGGCUGGACAUCUGUCGCUUGUGAGUGUGUGUUUUUUUUCUAGGCCGGGUCUCUGGGUUAUUGAAUGGAGCCAGUGACCUGUCAGUCUUGACUGAUGGGAGCCCCUGUGUGGGAAAAUCCCACAGCCAAAGAGCUCGGAGCAUUCACAUGCUAAUUGAGGCGGAUAAAUAAGAGGGCCGCGCGGCGCCGAGGGCCCUAGAGACGAGCUGAGAUCCAGAGGAGCAAACAUGACCGCUUCAUCCACGGCGCACAACGUGGGGAGACAUCCCAGCGCCAAGGAGGAGAGAAAGAUGAGGAAGCCGCUGAUCGAGAGGAAACGACGAGAGAGGAUCAACAACUGUUUGGAUCAGCUCAAAGACACUGUGAUCGGAGCGUUCAGUCUAGAUCAAUCCAAACUGGAAAAAGCCGACAUUUUGGAGAUGACAGUGAAGCAUCUGCAAAACAUCCAGAGCAGCCACGACCCCACAUUAGGCCUGGAGGCUCAGCAGAAGUACAGCACAGGCUACAUCCAAUGCAUGCAUGAAGUCCACAACAUGCUGCUCACCUGCGAGUGGAUGGACAAAACUCUGGGCUCCCGCCUGCUCAAACACCUCCUCAAAUCUCUGCCCAAAUCUAAAGAGGGGGAGGAGCCGCCUUCACCCCGAAAUGAUGCUCCUCUCCCAGGGUUCUCCCCCCUCAGAGGAGACCUGGAGAUGUGGAGACCCUGGUGACCCUCUGGAUGGUUGAUUGAUCCGUUAUGUAUCUUAUAGAUAUGCUGCUCAGAAGACAAACGUGGGGCAGUUUUUGUUCCGGUGGUUAUUAUGAUUAUUGUGGAUGUGCUAUAAUGAUUCCUCAGUACUUCCCUUUAGAAGUCGACCUCUCGUAGCCUGCAUUAUAGAAGGCUCCUAUUAAUCUUUUUGUGUAUUUAUUGUAUUAACUGCUUUAUUUAUUUGAUAUUAUAAGGCAUUUUAAGACUAAACUAUUCUGCUUGCUAUUGCAUAGAUGUGUAUGUAUUCCUCCUUUGCUGUAGGAUUAACCCGAACGACAAUAAUAAUAAUAAAGCUUUUAUUCAUCUUUG